UCUGCGUGAAGGCACAGCUAUCGCUAAUGAACGGCGAGAUUCGGUACCCAAAGAUGCCUGUCUCAGUGUCAGGCUGUGAAUAUUCUUAUGAUAACGAUACUGUCUGGCGCACCCUGCAUGAGUACAGUCCAUCUACAGAUCGUAAUAUAUAUCAUUUGUCAUUUUUCUGGUACACAGCCGCAGGCGGCUUUAUUUGUACCGUGGUUGCCCUUCUGGCCAGCUUAGUGUUUGGUUGGCAGGAUGUAUCUCAAAUGGAUCCAGCUUUAAUAACGCCCUGCAUGCGUCGUUUUUUGCCUAAAAAACAUUAUCAGGUUAUAGACUUGGAAGAGAUGUUUAGGCGCAAGGCUCAAGCUGAUGUCGAGUCAGAGACAGCAUGUCUUGACAAAGAAAUCAAUUAAGAAAACUUAAAUAUUCAAAAAUAAAUUCUUGUUUUGUUUUUCCUUAGAUGUUUUUUAUUUUGUAAUUGUCCGGCGUUUAAUAAGUAUUUUACACAUUUCAUUAGAUUCUUCAUGAUAUGACGUUACUUUUUUAAUCUCAUAAAUUUUUUCUUUGCCGUGUUUACAACCCA